AUGCCUCAGCCCGGUCUGAGUGGGAUGGAGCCCAUUUUUGGGGAGGCGUACGGGGGACACAGGGCCUUGCUCAGCCCGUACCCUCUGGCCAUGUCCCCCCACGGAGGACGCACCGACUACGACCAGUCCGUGCUGCUGAUGUUGGGCUCCCCGGCGUCUCCACGGAAACGGCCUUUUGAGUUGCUAAGCGAUCUGGUGGAUGACGGAGGGUUCUGCGAAGACCUCCAGGCCGAGAGGUGGGACGUGUCUGCGCUGGACGAGAUGACGCGCUUCACCAAACCCGGCCUGGGCAUGGGAGGGGAGCUGCUCACCGGCACCGAGGUUUUCUCGGAGGAGACCGUUCUGAUUGGUCGACUGGGCCGGAGUCGAGAGGAACAGGAAGAGGAAGAGCAGCGAAAGAGAAGCACAACCAAAUCCGCCGCCACCCCUCCCCCUCCCACGGCGCUGUCACAGAACGUCCCCAACGCCACGGUGAAGGAGCGCCUCAGUCCCACCACAGACGGACAGCUACACGCACCAAAUGAGCGAGUGGCGCCGCCGCUGCUGGUCCGGGCCGUGGAGGUGUACCAGGUGGCUCAGGACGAGGAGCUGACCCUGGAGCACAACUACUCGUUAGGUCAAGGAGGAGACGCAGAGAUCGGAGUGAGUCUGGAGGAGGUGAGGACUGAGCCGGAGCCGAGCCGAGCAGAGGAGAGGAGCCCAGAGGAACCUGAGGAGCAGAGGAGAGACUCAGAGACCGAAGAAGAGGAGGAGGAGGAGGAGGAGGAGGAGGAGGAGGAAGAGGAGACGGCAGCGGAGGCAGAACUCACCAGCUCGUCUGAGAGUGAAUGUGAGGUGGAGACGGAGCCGGUGCGUGUGUCCGGAGAGCGGCCUUCGAAGCGCCGCUGUUUCUGGGAGUACAGACGCUCGCGAGACUCGUCCUCCAAGAAGAAGCCGGGGUCCGAGGGCCACUGGUCCCUGUCCUGGAGCUCCAGCACUCUGCCCAGCACGCUGUACCGACGCGAGGGUAAGAAAGGCCGUCGUAAAGCCCGUAAGACCGACGCCAGCGACCUGACCCCGAACCCCCAGAAGCUGCACAACAUCGGGGAGCAGCUGCAGAAGCUGAACUCUGCCAUCGACGGCAUGGGUCCUGUCAACGACCUGCCGGCUGUGGCCCGAGCACGGUCCCGGAAGGAGAAGAACAAACUGGCUUCAAGAGCUUGCCGACUGAAGAAGAAAGCGCAACACGAAGCCAACAAGAUUAAGCUGUGGGGGCUCAAUCAGGAGUAUGAGCACCUGCUGAGCGCUCUGCUGAGGAUUAAAGAAGUGAUCCGGAGGCGCGUGGAGAGCGGCGAGGAGGACGAGAGCGACCAAAGGGGAAUGACACAGAGGCUGGAGGACAUCCUGAGAGACUCCAGCGGCCCGCUGGUCGCCGGUCGGACCAAAGACUUUGUUCAGAGGAUCCUGGCCGCCAGUGCUGGGGGCCAAGUCCAACAGAAAGACCCUCCCCAGGGAGAGGACUCUUCCGCCGCAUAG